UGAGAUUGAUGAAUCAGACCACCGUCACUAAUCGCCGCGAAUAGAUAUGAUGCAUGGAAGUGUGACAGGCUAUCUCGUCCUUCUAAUCUCGGGAUGAGCUACUUCAAGCAUGCAAUGGUCUUGACGUGCUUGAUGUAACUCAGGCUCUGCCAAUCACAGUGUCAGGCUGGCCUUAUGAAUUUGAAGCUAGCCCCAACUUCCAAUUGGGCCAAGGAUCAAGAGUCAAGACGAGAGUUGCGUGUUUGGAAAUGGCGGAGGACUUUCUCUCUGUAUAGAAAGUCGACCAGAUCGGUCCCUUCAAGCUUGGAUCAGCUUGGACCCCUCGAAGCACUUCUACCCGCAGCCUGAGUACAGCAUUGCUAGCCUCCCUUCCAGGCGUGCUUGAUACGGGCAGAAAGGGAUGGAGAACGAUGUGCCUGAAGAGGCUGCCCCGCUGACUGGUAUUGAUGAAAAGGGCCAAGGAGCGAGGGCACGUGGGCGGGGGCCUCUCGUGAGCAGGCUUGCGGACACACCGGCUGAGAUCAGCCAGGGGGCCAGCGUAACGAACGGCGAGACGACAGCUGUCGGCAAUGCGGGAAUCGUGAGAAGUGAAGCGGGACAGGCUUUGGUGGGGGGCAAUGUGGCAGGGGCGCAGGCCCAUGUGGCUAACGAGCCCGGGUCUUCUACGAGUUCCGAUUAUGGGUCACAUGCGGCCCCAAUGCUACCCCGGCCGGUAAUGGGGGAGGCUUUGCAGGCGAAAGGCCACGUUCUGACAGGUGGCGGGGGUGUGACAGGUGUCGGAGGUGCGCGAAGGUCAUUUGAUGUUGUGGGCACAUCUGCGGAUGCACGACCGGGGUUAACCACAGCGUCAGCAUCGCACGGAGAGCGAAAGGACAAGAAUGUGGUCGCAGCGAUACGGGCCCUGACUCGGACGACAACAGUCGAGGAAGUUGACGGGAAGAAGGAUCCUUUGGAUACUGGAAUCAUAGUGCAGUUCCGUGAGGUCGAGUUCCACAAGCCGGUGCGCCUGAUGAGCAAGCUGGUGUACGGCAUCAGCCGGCGGCUGCCCAGCGGGGACGGCAUGCGCCGCCGCCUCCUGCACAACGUAUCGGGAACGGUGCGCCCCGGCCAGUUCAUGGCCAUCAUGGGGCCCGAAGGUGCGGGGAAGACUCUGUUCUUGCAAGUGUUGGCGGGCAGGGUCAAGGGCUACAAGGGGCACAUCACAUACAACGGCGCCCCGUUCUCGAAGCGGCUGACCCAGAAGAUGGGCUACGUCGACUUGGAGGUGGCCGCGCUGCAGUCCAAGCUGACGGUCAAAGAGAUGCUGCUGUACGCGGCGCGGCUGCGCAUGCCGCAGGCAACGGAGGAGCUCGACCGCAUCGUGCGCAUGGAACACGUCAUUGACUCCAUGGACCUCCAAUCGUGCGCCAACGUGCUGGUGGGGCGGGCGCUUACCAACGAGAAGCUGCGGCUCCUGAUCGCGGUCGAGAUGGUCAUGAACCCCACGCUCCUGUUGCUAGACGAGCCCACGAGCGGCCUUGAUGGCGCAUUGGCGCUGCGCCUCACCCGAACCCUGGCUGCGUAUGCUGCCACAGGGCGCACUGUCAUAGCGACGAUGAAGCAGCCCAGCAACCGCGUGUUUGGCAUGUUCGACCUCGUCCUCCUAUUGGCCCAGGGGAACCCCAUCUACAUGGGCCUGGCCGCUGAGGCCCUCCCCUACUUCGCGUCCAUUGGCCACAGCCCGAGCGCGGGCGUCAGCCCCGCAGAGUACCUGCUGGACCUAGCCGUAUCGGAGCCAAGCGACGGCUCGAUUCACUUCGGCACGACGGUGAACUUGAUGCGACUGUGGGCGAAGCGCCAGGAGGCGGAGCGGAAUCAGCAGAGCGACGAGGCGCCCCCCGGGGCGGCGGCCGUGAGCGGCGGGGUGCGAUGGCAGACCAGCUGGUGGUUCCAAUUCCAAACGCUGCUCGCGCGCGGCUUUAAGGCGAGCCAGAUGGACUGGUACACGCGCGUGCAAUUGGCGUCCGUCAUUUUGCAAGCGCUCCUCAUCGGCUGCUACUGGUACAAGCGGACUGACACCUACGACGGCAUCCGCGACCAGGCGGGGCUGCUGUUCUUCACCAUCUUCUACUGGAGCCUCAUCCCCAGCCUCACCUCCACCGUCCUCAUCAACCAGGUGAAGCCGCUGCUGGCGCGCGAGCAGGCGGGCGGGAUGUACCACAUCAGCGCGUGGCUGUGCCACCACUACGUGCUGGAGACGCCGUACGAGAUCGGGGCGCCCCUCAUCUUCUGCGCCAUCACCUACUGGAUGGUCGGUCUCAACCCCGGCUUCGGCGAGUUUGUCCUCCACACCCUCCUCACCAUUCUCAACACCAUGGUCGCAUCCGGUCUCGGGCUCGCCGUCGGCGCCUUCUGGGGCGAGAUCAAGACCGGGGUGCUCACGGGGUGUCUGCUCAUCCUCGCUUCCCUUAACGUCACCGCCUUCUUCAGCCGGUUUCCCCCUCACUGGAUUGGCUGGUGCCAGUACCUCAGUUUUACUACGUACACGUAUAAGCUUUUCCUGCGGCUCAACUUCGACCGGAACCACCGUUACCGGUGUUCCCAACCGCCGCUUUUUGUGUGCGACAUUCACCAGCAUCCGGAGUUGACCGGGUUUGAUAACAUCUCGGGGGGGGGCGCGGUCGAAGCCGUGAUCCUAGUUUUUAUGUGCUUCCUCUACCGCUUCCUUGCAUACGCGCUGCUGCGGUAUAAGUACAGGUAGCGAAUAACGAACUGUACGGAAGUAUAGGUAAUACUACUUGAACUGCCCUGUUGCACAAGUUGGGGUCGUCAACAUUCAUACAAGAACUUUGAGUUGUACAAAUCGGUAAAAGAAUUCGUCGUUGUUAUCAAUAAGUUAGAUCAGUUAUUAGGCCCCUAAGGCAUUGAACGUGCCCCUUAAAAUCUGGCAAAUACGGGGCCGUCUUGAUUUUUAGUACCUACAAAAGCGCCACCGUGGCAAGAAAAAAAUAGUACGAUUCGUGGAACUGAAUUUGAAUAUACUCACUGGCGCGGGCGCAGCAGGCAGCUUAACGGCCCAUGGACAAGCGUGUGUACUAGUCCUUGCGUUUUUCCUGUAAGAGUCUGGCUGUAUCCGACCAUUUCCUGCAGGC